AUGGCGACAUCCGGCUCAACGUCUGGGAUAUUGGCGGACAACGAUCAAUACGACCGUUUUGGAGUAAUUACUUUGAAAAUACUGAUGCGCUCAUCUAUGUUAAUUGAUUCAAGUGAUCGACGACGUUUCGAUGAGACCAGCGUGGAGCUGAUGGAACUACUGGAUGAGGAGAAACUGAGCCGUGUGCCAGUGUUGAUAUUCGCCAACAAGCAAGAUUUGGUAUCGUCUGCUCCGGCGUCAGAAAUUUCAAAGCGUUUGAAGCUGACCGAGAUUCGUGAUCGAGUCUGGCAAAUCCAAGGAUGCUCAGCGCUCACUAAUGAAGGUGUCUCCGAAGGAAUCAAAUGGGUCGCCGAAACAAUCAAAUCUAAAUAA